AAAAGUACAAUCUGAGUAUCAGGGAACGCCUGUCCUGUCCCGCUACUUACUCUGAUGCUUUCAUUGUGUUGGUAUUUCCCGCAUGUAGUUAAUAAAGUUUGGAAUAUACACAACUAUCAAGACCUUAAUGAUAUUUAAUGUCGCCUAGGCAACGGGGCCUAGAGCCGGAAGUCUGAUCCUGCUGACCGGUGAGAACGGAUUCCAGCCUCUACUGUGCAAAAAUGUUGGACUGCGAGGAGAUCGACAGGUUUUCAAGAGGAGCAGAAGAAUAUGCUGCUGAGGCAAUGGCUGCUGAUAUGGACCCAUGGAUAAUCUUUGAUGCACGAAAGACUCCACGAGCUGAGUUUGAUGAGUGGUUGGAAACAUAUUUGCCUUCAAGGGUUUCCCGUUUUGGAAACCUUCAAGAAGGAUCAGGGCCAGUAGGGUGGGUGGCUGUGUAUGGCCCGGGGUACUCCCCAGAGGCAUCAGGUCACAAGGCCCUUCAGGAUGACUGGGAUAAGCUAAAGAGUACAGGGCGCAAAGUUAAUUAUGAACUCGUUCGUGAAUUAGCCCUCAAUUAUAGAGUGAAAUCUGGAAAAUGGCUUAUGCAUUUAGAAACAGGAUUCAAGGUUGACCAUGCUUGGCGCGGGAUAGCUAAUGCAGUGGUUGACGGUCGCCUUAGGGUAGCCAAAGUGAGCCCUCACCAUCCAGACAGCAAACAUGUUAUAUGUGUAUAUAAUGACGACUUCACAGACGAAGAAAGCAUCAUGCAAACAGAUGCUGCAAUCCGCAGCUCAGGGGUAAAGUGUCUCCUGAGUUACAAGCCAGACGUGUACACCUAUUUAGGUAUCUACAGAAACAACCAGUGGCAGAUGUGCCCCACCAUCUAUGAAAGCCGAUAUGAUCUGGAAUGCAUUCCUCGCAGAUCCAGAGUCACCAACAAAGUUACUAAUAUAGAAGUGACCUAAAGAAGAAUUAUUGUGUGAAAGUGCUAAAUGAUUUUUUACAACACAUUACCUUGAUUUUUGUGUGGAAAUUUUUGGACUGUAAAUUUUAUUUUCUAGGCCUAAAACAGUGCUAUUGAGCCUUUGAUUUCUAUUGAUUAUUCUGAUGCAUAUGUGUUUACAAUAAAUAGAUGUGUGAAUAUA